GGCUUUUGUUCUUUUUCAAAAGGGAUCAACCGCUCACCAACAAAAGAUACUUCAUACAUACGCUACUGAAUACUGGAAAGCUUCACUUUCACACCGACUCUUUUUCUUUCCCUCUUUCAUCUAAACCCAGUGAAGUAAAGCAGAGUUAAAUCAGCAGAUAUGAAUCCAGGGGGUUAUACAGCAGAAGUUACAGGUCUUUCUCCUAAUACUACUGAAAAGGAUGUUCAUGAUUUCUUUGGUUUCUGUGGGGCAAUUGAACAUGUUGAGAUUGUCAGAGCUGGUGAACAUGCAAGUACAGCCUAUGUGACAUUUAGAAAUCCUCAUGCCUUGGAAACAGCUGUCUUACUGAGUGGGGCUACCAUUUUGGAUCAACGUGUGUGCAUAACCAGCUGGGGUCACUACCAAGAUGAAUUUGCUUAUUGGGAUCAUUCAUCAUGGAGACCUCAAGAGGAAAGUCGUUCAAGUCAGGACCCCCAGGGACAGCAUUUUGUUUCUUCUGCUGGGGAAGCUGUGAUGAUGACUCAAGAUGUGGUUAAAACCAUGCUAUCUAAAGGGUAUAUUCUUGGAAAAGGCGCAUUAGGGAAAGCCAAAGCUUUUGACGAAUCUCAUGCGCUGUCAGCAACUGCAGUCUCCAAGGUUGCUGAUUUGAGUGAGAGAAUUGGCCUCACCGACAAGUUUUGUGCCGGGGUUGAAGUGGCCAGAUCUGUGGAUCAGAGGUAUCACAUAUCGGAUACCACCAGAUCAGCUGUGUCAGCUACAGGUAGAACUGCUGUCUCUGCUGCAAGUGCUGUUGUUAACAGUAGCUACUUUUCCAAAGGAGCUCUUUGGAUGUCUGGUGCUUUAAGUAAAGCGGCUAAAGCUGCAGCUGAUUUGGGUAGCCGAGGCAUUAACAAAUGAGAAGAUUCAGAGCAACUGCCAUGCAGCUUAGAUUCUUCUAUAUGAGAAUAGUGCUAGUUGAUGUAGUUUUCUAGAGUAUAUACUUUUAUGCCUGUCGCAUGCAGUAUCCCUUUCAUUGGCACUGGUAUUAGUCCUCUGGGUUGUGUGGUCUAGAGUUGUGAUUUGAAUGGAUUGUGCUGAUAUUGAUUCAGCUGAAAUCAGACUGGUGUUUCCUUUCCACUUUUGUUGGAUAUCAGGUCGAUGUUGUAAAGGACAUACAGUAGAUAAUACGUGUUUGAGCAGAAAUUUUCUUCAGUUUAUUGGAGGUUUUUUUACUGGUCUUGCAA